AAGAAGGAAGCGGUGGGUGUAAACAUGUUUGGACUCUUCGGGAAAAAUAAGCCCGUGAAAAUUAGGAGUCGCGGGGACAGCAGAAAGUAUGGAGUCGCGGCGAAAAACUUGAACGAGUUGCUUAAAAAGGGCUGCAAGCUCCUCCAGCUGCCGUCUUCUGGUGCGCACCUUUGCUCGUAUGCGGAUGGGACGCAAGUUACGGAGGAGUUCUUCCAAACUCUGCCCGACAACACCGACCUUGUUCUUCUCUGCAGAGGAGAGACGUGGAGCGGAGUGGUGUGCGACAUCGGCCAGCUGCUGAGCACAGACCGGCACGCCGACGCCCUCGUCGAAGCGGCGAAAGGCCUCCUCUCCGACGAGCGGUCUCACAAAAGGCGUAAACUCCUGACCGACCUGCUGCUCAACCUGGAGGACACGUCGGAGCUGGAGAGCAGAGAGGAGGACGAGGGCUGGUUCGAAGGCAUCGACGCACGAUUCAAGACAAAGUCGGCCUACAUGAAGUUCAACUGCGAGAGCAGGAUACGCAGCUACAUGAAGGAGGUGGAUGCCGCCGCCAAGACCGUCCAGAAGGAGACGGUCAGGAAGGAGGUGGUGAAGACGGCCCGACGCCUGGCGGAAAUGCUGAAGACGGCGAGGCACAACGGAGGCUACUUCGACCGCACUGAGGAGGAAGGAGAGCGCCUCUGCACUCGGGCCGGCUGGUUCACCUGCCAGGGGUCGUUUGAGCAGGAGGCGUGUCCGUCCCUUCACUCCAUCAACCCCUACGGCAGCCGAGAGAGCAGGAUCGUCUUCAGCACAUGGAAUCUGGACCACAGGAUUGAGAAGAAGAGGACGAUCAUCCCCGCCCUGCUGGACGCUCUGCAGAGUCACAAGAGCUGCGACGUCAACCUGCUCUACUUCUACCGCCUGCUGUUCACCAGGGAGAACCUGAAGCUGGUGCACAUUGUGUGCCACAAGAAGGGAGCGCACCACCUGCUGUGCGACGCCGCGCAGACUUUUACCAAGGUCAAAGGGCAGCCCAAGGUCAAAGGGCAGCACAAGGUCAAAGGCAAGAAGAGGCGCUUGGUGUGAAUAUUUUUCUGCCUUUGGGAAGAUCAGAUCAGGAAAGUGCCUUCGCCUUUUCUUUUUUUACCUCACUUGAUUUUUGCUAUAUCUUUUUUUAUAUUCUGCUUUGUGACCGAGUGAAGCCGACGGCGCUUCAACAGACGGGCGGUGCUCGAAAGACUGAAGUACACGUAAACAAACCAGCAAAUCAUGAAAAACAUUUAUUUUCCUCUGUUGGCACGGUGAUGUAAGAAACGCACAAAUCCAUUACAACGCGGCGGCGUUCACUCGGUCAGGAAAGUUGCAUAUAUGUACAUUAUAAUAUAGUAUAUUUUAUAAUAUAUAUAGAACACAUAUGUAACAUUAAAUAUAUAUUAAUAUGCAUUAUAUAUAUAUAUAAGUUAUAUAUUAAUGUAUAUAUAUUAAAUAUAAUUAUAAUAAUAUUUAAUAAUAUUAAAUGCUCUCUGACCCUCCCCUCCCACAUAUAUAUUAGAUGUUUUUUCUUUCCCCCCUCCUUACAAAUCUAUAUAUUGUGUCGUUUUGAAUGCAGGCAUUUCUCAAGGCUAAUCUCAAACUGAAAACUUGCCCUCAAAAGUAUGAAUCCGUAUGUUAUGCAGCUCGAUUCAUUGAAAUAAAGUGCUGCCAAAACACCAGCAAUAAAUAACAAAACAGGCACUGUUGUCCGUGUCCCCACAGGUGGUGCUGUAGCUGCACUUAAAGAA